UCCUACCGAAUCGUACGCGGGUACGCAGUUGAUUUUUGAAUCAGUUUAUUAGACUGGAAAAGUGAACACAUUCGCAAAGUGAGGGCAUUCGGUGAAGAAUCCUAACGCCUCAGUGGAUUAUAACUUUUAUAAAAAGCUCGUGUUAGACGUUCAAAGGUUUCAGGAAAAACCAACCGAUCAUUGUUCUUAGUUGCAGUUAGCUGAUUAUCCAUUUGACUGGACAGAACAAUUAACUGAAUACCCGUUUCAAAAAUGACCGUUAUCGCCGACGAACUCACCCCAGUCGAGAGAACACCGAUUCAAGAAUUCUACGCUCACCAAAAAGUAUUUAUAACAGGUGGAACUGGAUUCUUAGGAAAAGUACUGAUUGAGAAGUUAUUGAGAAGCUGUCCGGAUAUAUCGACAAUUUAUCUUCUCAUUCGAUCAAAGAAGGGAAAAGAUGUUCAUAACCGCCUGGAAGCUAUAUUUGACGAUCCAAUUUUUGAACUAUUAAAAAAAGAACAGCCGAAAUACCGACACAAAAUCAUCGUAGUUUCGGGAGACUGUAGCCUCCCGAAUUUAGGAUUAUCCAGCGACGACAAAGAUCUCUUAAUACGAGAAACCUCUAUCGUAUUUCAUGUCGCUGCUACAGUUCGUUUCGACGAAAAGAUAAAAUACGCCGUCGCCAUUAAUGUCAGUGGGACGAAGGAAGUAAUGGAUAUGUGCAGAGCUAUGCAUAAUCUUAAGUCCGUCAUUUACGUUUCAACGGCUUACAGUAACUGUAACCAGUUGACCAUCAAGGAAGAAUUUUAUCCUCCGCCGAUCUCAGGACAAAAUUUAGAGAAUCUCACCGCCACUCUGGACGAAAGAAGGUUGGAUGAUAUCACACCCAUCCUUUUGGGAGACUUCCCAAACACUUAUGCAUUCACCAAAGCAAUCGCAGAGAACACCGCAAAAGAUAAUGGCAAAGAUCUGCCCCUUGGAAUAUUCAGACCAGCAAUGGUAAUCUCUACCAGCUCCGAACCGAUCCAAGGCUGGAUAGACAACGUCUUCGGACCAACGGGUGGAAUAGUUGGAGCAGGCGCAGGCUUGAUUCGAACACUGAACGUUAACAGUGAUUGCGUCGCGGAGGUAAUACCCGUUGAUCUGACCGUAAACGCUCUAAUUGCAACAGCUUGGGACGUAGCAAACGGCAAAAACGUCGCUAGUGACCCACCAAUUUAUAACUAUGUUGCGACCUGGGAAAACAAGGGUCUCACCUGGGGAGAGUAUAACGAUUAUGCUCUCGAAUUCGGAACUCGAACUCCGAGCAUCCGAAGUAUAUGGUGUUACGUAAAUUACACGACGAGAUAUACAACCCUGUAUAAUUUACUCACCAUCAUAUUGCACAUUAUACCGGCUCUGAUCCUCGACACCGGACUUUUCAUUACCGGACAAAAGCCUAAGCUGCUCAAACUGUAUAAAAAAAUUCAUAAGUUUGCUGCUGUGACCUCCUACUUUUCGCAAAACACAUGGAACUUCCAUAAUGCCAAUACUCGGGCGCUCUGGGACAAACUCUCACCCGAAGAUCAGAAGAAUUUCUUCUUUUCAAUGGCUGACUUUGACUGGAGAACAUACAUGGAACGUUAUAUCAGUGGCUUGAGACUCUACAUUUUCAAGGACGACCCGAGCACUAUACCUGCUGCCCGGAAAAGAAUGGCUGUCUUCAAGAUAUUCCACAACCUGAUCAUCUACUCGAUGCUGGCCAUCGCCAUUUGGUUUGGGUACAAAUUUGUGUCUUUUGUUCUUUCAUUGGGUCAAUCAGCAGAGACAAUUUCCAUCAGUGAGAACAGCAUUGUUCGAUAAAAGUAAGAGGGUAAACGUCGGUUAACGGACGAAAUAAAAUAGGAAAGAAGCGAACCCAAUCCAUAUAUAAGACUGAACACUGUAAAGAAAUUUCAGUGUAACGGAAGAGACGAAGUAACAAAAAAAUUGUUUCAUCCGCUCUGUACGUACAACGUAUGAUCGCUGUCCUAGAAUUUGGCGCUGAAAUGAUGAUUCGAUGCUUCUAAUAUUGUUUUUGAGGUCACUGAGAGCUGCUUGAGAUACAUCAAAAUUCGAAAGCGCGAGCCUUGUUAUUAAUAUCGGUCUUCCAGAUAAGUUUUUUGUCGCUUUGCCGUAAUUGUUGGACUUUCCAUCACAGUUUUCUCUUUCGUAGUGUCAUUGAAGCAUGUUCAUAUUUUAGUUUACAAACGCAUAUCUCAACGUGGCUGCGUAAGUUGAAUAAUUCAAACAUCCACAGUGAUGGUAAUUUGAACAUUAUUAGGAUUGACCUUCGAGUUUCAAAGUACGAGAUUGCUUUUUUUCUCUCUUUUUACCCUACGAAAUCUAGCGAAUGCUAUCCGAAAUGAAGGAUUGUAUAAAUACGUUAAUUUCGCUGUACACCGCUCAAAUUGCAAAAACACAAUUUGUUCAGAUGGCACAAAUGCACGUAAUGAUCAUUUGAUUGGUUUCAAUGUACAAUUGUUAUAACCUUGGUAAUUUCCAAGGUAAUUUUUAAAUACUCGUACUUCCAGAUCACAUUGAUUCGGUUUAAAUUCGUCAAUGGCUUUAAAUUGCUGAGUAGAUAUGACUGUAAAAAAUAUCGCGUGAAAUAAAAUUGCAGAUCUGCAAGAUGAAAUGCAUUCUGAUAUAUCCAUAGAUUCAUAAAUGGCAGUCGAAUGAAAAAUACGCAAGAUGAUUAAUAUCAUUUUUAUCAUCGAUAUUAUCGUCAUUAUAUUAUCUUUAUUAUUGUUACUGUUAUAACUAUUUGUAAUGAGUCAGUAUGUAAUACCAUGUAAUACGUAAUGAAUUACUUUUAGAUUGUAUUAGGUCUGAAAUACACAAAAUCAUGAUGAA